UCUCUAGCAGGACCACCACCUGGACCACUCUCACCUGUCACUGGGACCAUCACUCUCCAGUGUAGCAGGACCACCUCCUGGACCACUCUCACCUGUCACUGGGACCAUCACUCUCCAGUGUAGCAGGACCACCACCUGGACCACUCUCACCUGUCACUGGGACCAUCACUCUCCAGUGAUACUAGUACUAGUACUGUCUAUCAGGCCAUCAUUGUCAACUGUCACCAUCACUGUCAACUACUAUACCUUGGUAACAAGUAACUUUGGGACGAAGUUAACGACAUUAUUGUGUUUAGUAGAAACAACUGUUAUACAAGUACCCUCACAUAGAAGAGUUGCUCUUCAUCCAAGGAACUGGAUCUACCCCUCCUUCCUAGGAUCAACCACGAUUACCCUGCCCUCCUUCCGAAGGCUGUAUAAAACUCAUACGGCUUUAGCGCUUCUGAUGCAGUUCAAGAUGUUCGGAGUGUGUGUGAUGGUGGUUAAAAUCUGGAUAAUGGUACAUGUUGCUUCCAGUACGUCUCUGCAGCAGCAUCAAAAACAACACAAGACUUGUCCACUCAGAUACCACCUCCCUCUCGCCAUCUCCCAUUCCAUUACCACACACACACACCACCACCACACCACAGACAAUCCAAUAGGAGAUUACAUAAGCAAUGAACCAGCAGAGGAUGCAAGCAAGCUACCGGCAGACGACCACACAAACAAUCCACUAGCAGAUUACAUAAGCAGUGUACCAGCAGACGAUGCAAACAAACAACCAGCAGAUGAUGCAAACAGUACCCCAACAGUCGAUGGAAACAAUCCACCAGGAGAUGACCACACAAACAAUCCACUAGCAGAUUACAUAAGCAAUCCACCAGUAGACAAUGCAAACAAUCCGCCAACAGAUUACAAGACAAACAAUUCACCAGAAGAAUUAACAAAUAAUCCAGCACCAGACUAUACAAAUAACUCACCAACAGAAACAGAUUAUUCAGCAAAUCCACCAACAGACAAUACAAAUAAUUUUCCAACAGAUUAUAUAAGCAAUUCAAAAGCAGACGACUACGCAAACACUCCACUAGCAGACAAGCACACAGUCAAGAGGUCAUUAUCAUCCACCGAUUGACUACCAGUCAUUAGUAACCAAGCUUUCCUGGCGUCGUAUACGAGUUCUACCUUGACAAUAGGUCUACAAGAACUGCAAGCCUCACGCACCGUUAUCACAGCUGCAGAACAAAACCGUGACCACGAUUCGCUUAUGGGGAAAAUACGUUCAACUGAAGACGAAGCUGAACGAACCAGACCCCGAAGGGUAUUACUAGGAGCUAGGACCUACGCUGCGGUCUUGGAAGAAUUUAGAAAGACUUCAUCCGGUAGAGAGGGAGAGGAUCCUCCUGCAGAAGAGGUGGCCAACAUGAUCUCAUCCUUGCUGACUCGUCAUUUAGCCGGAUGCUAUAAGAUGGUGUUGUAUACCCCGGAAGAACCAUAUCUGGGAGUGGUGGAUGCUGUGGUGUCAAGCCUGGGUGAUGCUACGUUACUGUGGGAAAUGGACUCCUUCCUGCUCACUUCACCUCCGUACACUGUGCUCACUACCACCCAUCACCACGCACACGCCUACUGCGUCGCUUUUGUUAUUCUCGCUCGCCUCCAGGAUGUGGGCCGGGUGACGACGGCGAUACAGAGGGGCAAGUGGUUCCAGAAUGCAAGCAAGAUGAUGCUGGUCUACACGGGAUCUGUGCUUCCCCUCGCCACUCUAGAUCAACACAACUUCUUCGUUUUUACUCCUGAAAGUGUUGUAGAAACCACUUGCGAGACAUUUGGAGUCUUGGUGGUCUGGUGGCUAAAGCUUCCGCUUCACACACGGAGGGCCCGGGUUCGAUUCCCGGCGGGUGGAAACAUUCGACACGUUUCCUUACACCUGUUGUCCUGUUCACCUAGUAGCAAAUAGGUACCUGGGUGUUAGUCGACUGGUGUGGGUCGCAUCCUGGGGGACAAGAUUGAGGACCCCAAUGGAAAUAAGUUAGACAGUCCUCGAUGACGCACUGACUUUCUUGGGUUAUCCUGGGUGGCUAACCCUCCGGGGUUAAAAAUCCGAACGAAAUCUUAUCUUAUCUUACUCGGCCAUGUAAGAUCUGAUGCAAGUAUUACCAAGGCUGGCUCCUCC